AUGUCUUCAUUAGAAGAUGACACUUCAAAUACAUUUCUAAAUCAUGUCGUCGAUUCGAAUGACCAGAUGCACUUGUUGUAUAUCGAUCCAAAUCAAGUUGGAAACGAUCAUUCUUACUAUUCCAAUGGUGGAUAUGCAUCGAUGGUAUCAGAGCUAGACAAUGGUAGUAAUAAUCAUCAACAUAGUAACAACAAUAAUAAUCAUAAUCAUAAUCAAUUUCAAUCACAACAUGCCACAAUUGUACAUCUAAAUGGUAAUGGCAAUGGAAAUAGCAAUGGCAAUGGUAAUGGUAACACUCAGUAUCUACAACAUCAACAACAAGAUGAUUCUCAAUCGACAACUGAUUCAGUCACCGACAGCUAUCUCAAUACGAACGGAACCGUCCUGCAUACCCAAUCGUUCCAUCUGAGUGCAGGCAAUGCAGGUAGUCUGCUACAAGAGUCAACAGGUACACUUCUCAAUACAAUGUCAUCACAAUUAAGUGAUAUAAUAACAAACAACAAUACAACGACAACAACAACAACAACAACAACAAACGCUAAUAAUGGAAGAUCAUCACCAAUGAAUGAUCUACAACAACAACAACAAUUGAAUAGCGACGAUAAUAUAUUGUGUGCAAUGCCACCUUCUCCACCACCUCUACCGACACAUCUACUGCAAUUCAAUGCACAUUCCAAUUUUGGUAAUGGACAGACACAGGUAUCACUGACACAACAGGUCAUUCAGCAGCAACAGCAGAAUCUACGACCUAUCACAGAGCGUGGACAAGAGGACAAGAAGAAAGAGGCACUCGCUUUUCUCAACUACUAUUUCCGAGUGGUACCGACUCAAAAGACACCUAGCAUCAGAAGAACCCUAGUGCUUGCACUCUACACCAACAAGAUCGACUCUGAAAAACGUUAUAAACAACCCAAUGACAUGGCAAAUCUAUGUGGUGCUGUAUAUACUUUUAUUUAUCAACAUUUAGAUGAUCAAUCUAUUAAAGAAUAUAUUAGUUCAUUUGAAAAUGAAAGAUUAUCAUCGAAAUCCGAUGCUAAAAAGAGAAAGAGAAAGAGGAAUCAUGAUAUUUCCGAUGGACAUGAUGUGCAUCUUCAGGACGCAUUCUUGACAUGCAUUAAAUAUGCAACACUUUUGCCGUUUAUCGAGUUUAUCAAUACCGAUGAUCUGAUGCCCAAUGACUAUACUCAAACACAUCCAGACUAUCUUUAUACAUUGGACGAUCUCUACAAAUGGGAAAUCGAAUUAAAAGAUCAAAAAAUCAAUCAAUCAAAAUCUAGAGCAAAUGUAAACUUGAACAAUAAUAAUAAUAAUAAUAAUAAUAAUAACAAUCAUAGUAUAAUUAACAAUAACAAUAACAAUAACAACAAUAAUAAUAAUAAUAUUAAUAAUUUGAAUAAUGAUAAUUUAUUAAAUUCAAUAAUGACAUUGAAUUCAUUGAAUAGAAUCAAUUUACCUGUAAAUGUAUCAGAGACUGCCGACAGUUUUAUCAUUUAUGCCUUCAUUCCAUUUUAUAAACCAAAUGCCUUAAAGAUUACAGUGAAUCAAAUGGAUAUCAUAUUGGAGGGUACAAUAUCACUGCCCGAAUCGAUACAGAUACCAAACGGAACUGAAAUACUUGUACCAAACAACAACACUCAUACAUGUACACAACAAGACAUUCAAGAAGGAAACUUUUAUAAGAUUAUUAAAUUGUCUGCUCCCAUUGCUUCAUCGACCGUCGGUAAACGUGAUGGUGUAGUUGUAAUCAUAGCCAAGAAAGAAGAAGGUCAAACAACUAUUCAUCAACUAUAA